AUGGCUACUAAACGUCCCAACUUUCUCGUGAUCGUCGCCGAUGACCUUGGUUUCUCCGACGUGGGCUGUUUCGGUGGUGAAAUUCGCACUCCGAACAUUGAUCAGAUCGCAAAGGAAGGAUUGCGAUUCACAGAUUUUCAUGCUGCUGCGGCAUGCUCUCCCACUCGAGCGAUGAUUAUGACUGGCACCGAUCACCAUAUCGCAGGCCUAGGCAACUUGAUCGAAUGGACCAACAUUUCCGGCCAGAAUGGCCCCAAAGGGUCUGCGAUGAGCACCGCCCCACAACGUGGUAUGCCCGGAUAUGAGGGGUACCUGAAUGAGCGCGUCGUGGCGCUUCCCGAGAUCCUACGCGAUGCGGGGUAUCACACCAUCUUGUCUGGAAAAUGGCAUUUGGGCCUGACACCAGAGCGAUCACCUCACAAGCGCGGAUUUGUCCGUUCAUUCGCUCAUCUCCCUGCUUGCUCGAAUCACUACGCUUACGAGCCCAACCUUCGUGAUAAUGAUGAUAUUCCCACUUUCAUUGAGGCAAGCUAUAUCGGGCUACAUAGUGAAGAUGGGGAAUAUGUGCGCCAUCUGCCCGAGGGCUGGUACUCAUCAGAUGGAUACGGAGACAAGAUGAUUAAUUAUCUGAAGGAGUGGAAGGAGUCUGGUGGCAGUGAGGGAUCUGAUGGAGACAGCGAUCGUCCUUUCUUCGGAUACCUCCCGUUCACAGCGCCUCAUUGGCCUCUCCAAGCACCACGAGAAUACAUCGAUCAUUACCGCGGAGUAUACGAUGAGGGUCCCGAUGCGCUUCGCCUAAAGCGCCUGCAACGAUUGAAGGAGCUUGGCAUGGUACGAGAGGACGUUGAGCCUCACCCAGUUGUCGCAGACGAGAUCAAGGCAUGGGAAGAAUACACACCCGAGGAAAAGAAGAAAUCCUGCAUCUCAAUGGAAGUAUUCGCCGGAAUGGUGGAAUGUAUCGAUAGCAACGUGGGCAAGGUAGUCGAGUACCUCCGCUCAAUUGACGAGCUAGACAACACAUUCGUGUGCUUCAUGUCCGACAACGGCGCAGAAGGCGCGGCCUACGAAGCCUACCCCAUGGUUCAAAAUGGUGUGAUGCCCCAUCUCCAAAAGUACUACGAUAAUAGCCUCGACAACCUGGGUGCUGGCAACUCUUUCAUCUGGUACGGUCCACGCUGGGCACAGGCUUCUACCGCCCCUUCACGUUUAUACAAGGCCUACACAACUGAGGGUGGUGUUCGUGUUCCCUUCACCUGCCGUUUCCCCAAGAAUAUCAACAUUAAGCCUGGCGAUGCAACCGCCGCCGAAGGCGGAAUCACAGAUCAGUUCUCCACCGUUAUGGACCUGGCACCCUCCAUUCUCGACAUGGCCGGCGUCAAGCAUCCCGCACCAACAUAUCAAGGUCGGGAAGUCGUUUCCAUGCGCGGACGCAGCUGGCAACCCUGGGCAACGGGUGAGGAUGAGCGCAUCCAUCCUAAGGAUUUCAUUCAGGGCUGGGAAACCUGCGGUCGAGCCGCUCUGCGCUGUGCGGACUGGAAGAUUGUCUUCAUUCCCAAGCCCAAGGGUCCAGAGAAGUGGCAGCUGUAUAACCUCAUCAAGGACCCUGGUGAGAUUCACGACCUUGCAGACCAAGAGCCUGAGAAGCUCAACCAGUUGCUUAAGCUUUGGGACCAGUAUGUCCUUGAGACAGGUGUUAUUCCUCUAUGUCCUGACUUGGGCGAGUUCCUUGAAGCGACUGACGCGCAGAUGCCUGAGAAUGCUUGGAUGGAAUUUGAUUAUUGGAAGGAGGGUGCUCGUGAUACUCCUGAGAAGUUCACCCGAGACCCUCCUCGGUUCCAGCGCACUGUUAAGCAAUGGUAA